AUGGGUAACAUUUCAGUGAUUAUGAGACAGGGGAUAGUUGCUUCCUUGACUGGGGGGUGGGUGUACGAACCCCAACAGGAGAACUUGAGCAAUGCCCUCCAUCUUUACAUGUGGAUCUUUUUACUGGCCUACCCUCUCGUCCUUUACAUGGUCUCUUCAUUUUCAGUCAAGAUAUGGAUACUGUACUGCCUGUCCAUCCUAAUAUUCUUCACUGUAAUCAAACUCUUAAAUUACAAACUCCAUGCCAUGUUUGACAGCAAAGACACAAAAAUUAUCGUUCCAGAUGAGUCAUCUAUGAGUACCAGUGAGUCGAUGAAGUUGAAGCAGAGAUCUACCAAGGCCAGUCUGGAACAGCCUGCCCAACUUAAUGUGUUAGUGCUUCUUGUUUUGCAAUUGUGUUAUUUCAAAAAUAUUUUUAUUAGUUUAUUUUAUUAUUUUUUUUGUGUUAUCUAUGAAAUGAUUAAGUUGAAUUACCGUUCACACUAA